AGGAUUAAAAACAAUUAAAAGCGAAUCAAAAUCUUCGUUUUACCUGAAGAUGCUGGAAUAGCGCUGAGGAUUCGACCGUUAUAACGGUUCAAGCAUUCAAAUUUAAAUUUGAAUUUGAUUUCAACAAAGGGCACGCGCGCGGACGGGCUUAUUUCUAACCGACACUUCGCCGUACCAACUGUCAAACGAGAUGUCGUCAGGGAAACACGGUCUUGACGAAGCGCCAGGAAGGCAGACCAUGACUCAACCAAUCAGCCAAAUGGCUCCCCCACCUUACUUGCCUUCUCAGGACCCCAACAUGCCCCCACACCCUCCUCAGACCGGAUACGGACCUCAACCCAGCUACGGACCUCAACCCAGCUACCCCCCUCCUCCUCCGCCCCCUGGUUCAGAUGGGUAUUUACAGGACACCCCGUACCCCAGUGGAACCCUCGGUCAUCAGGCAGGCAACAACGGCUACUCGGUCCAGACACAAGGGCCUGGAGGUUCCGUGCCUCAUCCUCCCAUGGGUUAUCUGCAACUAGGAUACCCGCUCCAGCUUCAGCCCUGUGCUGCUUAUGUACCUGUAUAUCCGAUUGGAACAGGGCAGGGCCAGGCUUACCUGCCUAAUGGCACGCCCCAUGCGAACAUAGCCCCAGGGCAGAUGCCAAUGCAAAUGCCCACCGGGGUCGCUUUGAUGGAGCCACGACGACCGCCUCAUGACUACCUGCCCAUCGCCGUGCUCACCACCAUCUGCUGCUUUUGGCCCACAGGCAUCAUCGCCAUCAUCAAAGCCAUACAGGUACGUACAGCGAUCUCUAGAGGCGACAUGGUGUCAGCGGAAAUCGCAUCUCGCGAGGCGCGUAAUUUCUCCUUCAUCAGCCUGGCCGUGGGCAUCGCCUCCAUCGUGCUCUGCACCAUCCUCACCGUGGUGAUCAUCAUCGCCUCGCAGCACCACAACGAAGAGUGGGACCCGUAGGUCUGCGGCGCCGGGACCGGAGGCGGUACGGCCAAGCGCUGUGCCCGUAGCAGCAUUCUCUGCUUCACACCUCGUUCACUUUAUUAUCACCAGAAUCCUUUCUUAUAUCAGUUUACAGGCAUGCGUUAAACCAGUCAGUAUCGAAGAGGGGUGGAGCCGUACCUGUGGGGAACACGGAACAAAACACACACACACACAUGCACACACACUAAUCUACAAACAACAAACCAAACUUCUCACAUAUACAUAUAGGUCACGGCGUGUACAUAUUGUGUUUGCGUUCAGUGCGUUCCGUCUAUGAUUCGUGCAUUUCCGGUUUAGAUUUUACAAUGGUGUACAUUAGAAAUAAGAUCUUAAUUAAAAGGCUUAAUAUUGACUGUGAGGUCAGGUUUAAGUAAAAUAAUCUGCUGUUUGUAGUUUCUUAUUAGAUCAAAUAAUAUUGCUCAGAUUUGCCAAAAAUAUACACCGAUCAGCCAUAACAUUAAAACCGCCUCGUUGUUUCUACCCUCACUGUCCAUGUUAUCAGCUCCACUUACCAUAUAGUUCUACAAUUACUGACUGUAGUCCAUCUGUUUCUCUGCAUGCUUUGUUAGCCCCCAUUCAUGCUGUUCUUCAAUGGUCAGGACCACCCACAGAGCAGGUAUUAUUUAGGUGGUGGAUGAUUCUCAGCACUGCAGUGACACUGACAUGGUGGUGGUGUGUCAGUGUGUGUCGCGCUGGUUUGAGUGGAUCAGACACAGCAGCGCUGCUGGAGUUUUUAAACACCGUGUCCACUCUAUUAGACACUCCUACCUGGUCGGUCCACCUCGUAGAUGUGAAGUCAGAGACGAUCGCUCAUCUAUCGCUGCUGUCUGAGUCGGUCAUCUUCUAGACCUUCAUCGGUGGUCACAGGACGCUGCCCACGGGGCGCUGUCGGCUGGAUCUAUUUACCACCACCAUGUCAGUGUCACUGCA